GGUAUGGUUGAAAACUCGCAGUCCAUCGCGCUGAGCAGAAGAGGAGCAGCACAACUAAAUGUGACUUAUCUGAGCAUCAUCACGUCUGCGCCUCCGGGAGACAAAGACGAGAGAAACUCUGUAGGAGAACACAGCGCGAUCAGAGCCUCCCGGAGUUACAUUAUAUCAAUGUACAUGUCUACAACAUCUCUCGCGACGUGUCGACUGUUUGCUUGCCUCUAAUGUGUCCAACCAACUGAGACGAGGGGGAUUUAUUCCUUCUUUUGUUCUUUGCUUUCCAUUGACUCUUAAUAAAAAAAACAGCCACAAACGAAUAAAUACGAGUCACUAUGGUUUUGUUAACAUUGCAUAAUAGAAGAGGGUUGAAUUGCUUGUGCGCGCAGUUCUUUCUGUGGAUUUUAUGUGCGGUGGACGGAGAGGAACAGCAUUUCAGUGUGGAGGCUUGGCUGCAGAGGUAUGGCUACCUCCCUCCCACAGACCCCAGAAUGUCCGUCCUGAGGUCCACUCAGACCAUGCAGUCCGCUAUUGCUGCCAUGCAGCGUCUCUACGGCCUUAACAUUACCGGUGCACUGGAUAAAAACACCAUUGAUGAUAACACCUUAAGCUGGAUGAAGAAGCCUCGGUGUGGUGUGCCAGACCAGUUCGGGGGUGCCUCAAAAUUUAGCGUCCGAAAAAGACGUUACGCCCUCACGGGUCAGAAAUGGCAACAUAAACAUAUCACAUACAGCAUAAAAAACGUCACGCCUAAGGUGGGCGCGGAGGAGACACACAAUGCCAUUCGCCGUGCGUUUGAUGUGUGGCAGAACGUCACGCCGCUGCGAUUCGAGGCAGUCCCCUAUAGCGACCUGGAGCGCAACAAGAAAGACGUGGACAUUACUAUCAUUUUCGCCUCAGGUUUCCAUGGCGACAGCUCUCCCUUCGAUGGAGAAGGGGGUUUCCUUGCACAUGCCUACUUUCCCGGUCCGGGAAUUGGAGGAGACACACACUUUGAUUCAGAUGAGCCCUGGACUCUAGGGAACCCGAACCAUGAUGGGAACGACCUCUUCCUGGUGGCGGUGCACGAGCUGGGUCACGCGUUAGGCCUGGAGCACUCCAACGACCCCACGGCCAUCAUGGCCCCUUUCUAUCAGUACAUGGACACAGAGAACUUCAGACUGCCACAUGACGACUUGCAGGGCAUCCAGAAGAUUUACGGACCUCCAGAUAAACCUCAUCAGCCUACGAGACCUCUUCCGACAGUCCUGGCUGCCCGCUCGCACCCACCAGUAGAUCCACGCAAAAAUGACAGGCAGACGCGUCCUCCGCGAAUACCGACUGGCGACAAACCACUGCACCCAAACGUUAAGCCAGACAUCUGUGAUGGUGGCUUCAAUACUCUAGCCAUCCUCAGGAGGGAGAUGUUUGUGUUUAAGGACCAUUGGUUUUGGAGGGUCAGAGAUAACGCUGUGAUGCCGGGUUACCCCAUGCUCAUCAAUGUCUUCUGGAGGGGUUUACCGCCCAAAAUUGAUGCCGUCUAUGAGAACAGCGAGGGCAGAUUUGUUUUCUUCAAAGGGAAGCAGUUCUGGGUUUUCAAGGACACAAUGCUACAGCCUGGCUACCCCCAGGAUAUCUCAAUGUUUGGAAACGGCAUGCCAGCGCAGAGCAUAGAGACGGCCGUCUGGUGGGAGGACGUGGCCAAGACCUACUUCUUCAAAGGAGAUAGGUAUUGGAGAUAUAAUGAAGACAUGAGAACGAUGGAUCCUGGCUAUCCCAAGUCUAUCACAGUGUGGAAGGGAGUUCCAGAUUCUCCGCAGGGAGCAUUUGUGGAUAAAGCCAAUGGUUUUACGUACUUCUACAAGGGUAAAGAGUACUGGAAAUUUAACAACCACAGGCUACGGGUCGAGCCUGGCUACCCUCGAUCCAUCCUGAAGGACUUCAUGGGAUGUGACCUCAUGCCCAUCGAUCCUGACCGCCAACCGACGGAAGACGUGGACAUUGUGAUCAAACUUGACAACGAAACUAGCACGGUCAAAGCCAUCGCAAUCGUCAUUCCCUGCAUCCUGGCGCUCUGCUUGCUGGUGUUGAUAUACACCGUCUUUCAGUUCAAGAGAAAGGGUACACCUCGACACUUACUCUACUGCAAACGCUCCAUGCAGGAAUGGGUGUGAGCCAGAGCCAACCAGGUCUGCAUUCCCCACCCUAGCCACAAGAUACGGUGGUGUAAGCACCCUAAACUUGCGGAUUUUGGCUCUUGACCUGCGUCUCGCUUAAGGAGAACAGUUAGGGGCUUUGCUUUGAUUCCCCCUUCCAGGAGGUGAUGGAUUUAUUCCCACAAAUCUCCCCACUCUUCGCCCAUUGGCCCGGUUGCACCUGUUGUAGGACUCGCGGGAGGCUUGCAGAUUGUACUUGGUGCAUUGCGACAUCCAGUGCCACUUCAGGUCUUCACUUUCGACGUGGAAAUUGAUGAUUGCUAUAACUAUAGGUUUUGCAAAUGCACCCUCAAAAUGGAAAAAAACACAAUAACAUUGUCGCAGGAGCCAAGUUCAAGGUUUACCACCUUUGAGUAUUUUUGCUUGGCUCCUAUAAUUUAUUUCCAAACAGAAAUAUUUACAAUUCCCUUUAAAUCACUCCCAAACCAAAUAAAGACUCCAAAGAGGAUCUUAUUAUCUUUUUACGAUCAUAAUUGUCUUGGUUUUUUUUUCAAAUCUAUUUCUUUUCUAUACAUUUUUUUUCUCCCUGCAUGAAAUAUUUUGCAUUGUAUGCAGUGGGGAAUUCUUGACUGUUGUGGCAGUCUGUCUCAAAAACAGGGGCCAAAAUAUUCUGCAAUAUUUUUACAGCCUUAAUUAUGAAUUGUGUUUGCUUUUGUUUUUCACCAUUCUUAUUUUAUUCUAUUUUAAAUUUUGAGUACUCCUUCAUUUUGUUUGUCUGAAAGGCAGUGCAAUAUUGCUUUGCUCCCUUUGUUUUGAGAUCAGAGGCCGUGGUUAACCUCAUUUUGCCAGGGGCCGACCCAACUACUGCAGUAACAGCAGCACUCCUUCACCUUGGCCUAACACGAUGCAUAUCAAUCAAAACAGAGGGAAGGCCAAGCAACUGCAAUGACAACUAUUUCUGCCAGUAGAAUUGCAACUGCAACGGAAAUGCUUGAAUCGUUAUCAUGCUGAAUGCUCACACGUUUUGUCGUGUUUACACGGACAGAGAUUUGAAAGUUUAUUUCUUCCCUUUCUGAAAGGUUGCUGUUCAAGUCAGAGCACGUCCUCUCCUUUGGACUGCCUUGUUUAUCGGUCUAGAUCCUAGAAACUAUGCUCAACAGGAACCAGAACCCAGUACCACAAGAGCAACUCAGGACAGUGCUUGAUUCAAAGUGUAUGCAAGCCUUCCUCAUCCAGUCCUGUGUCUUUACUAUCAAUCGAGAAGAAAAUCAAGGAUAUAUCAUAUAAUGUCUCACCAUUGCUUGCAAUUGGAAGUGUCUGCAACAGGAUUGGACAGUUUUUUUUGGGAGUGUUUUUUUUUUUGGUAAACAGAGUCAGAACUCUUGGGUUCAUGCCUUGCAGACUCUAGAUCAGUCCUUUGCAUUGGAAGGACCUUUGAACAUACAGCUAUUUGCUUAAAUUAACAUUUCUUUGUUUGUUUUCUCUUUUUUGUACAGUACAAUUAAACAAAUUAAGAUUAAAGUGGUACUUAAAAGCGCUGAGCUGUCAUCCAACAAGUUUCCUUUCUACCUGACAAAAGCAGAAAAAUGAGAAAAUGUAUGCCAAUACACUCCAGUCCAAAGGAAACAAUGUGAUUCUGGCAAGCAGUGUUUGAAUGUUUGUCUGUAUUGAUGGCAAUUAUUAUUAUUUUUUUUUUUUUCAGUUUUUCAUUGAAAAAAGAAAAAAUGGGACAUCUUCAAAUUCAUGUACGUCAUGACUUGGUUUGGGACAAAUUGUUCUGACAGACUUAAUAAAUUAAUCAGUAUAUGAUUAAAAUGCCUUUUACUGCUUUGUUAACAUUUCACAUAAAAGAUUAAUGUAAGCCUGGGUAAAUGUAGGCAUUCUUCCUUCUCUACUCUUACAAAAUAUUACCAUGGUAUUACCAUUGCUUUUUGGACAUGUACUAUGGUAAUACCAUGGUUUUCUUGUAGUACUUUGUUAAUACCAUGGUACAUAUCAAAUUACUAUGGUAUUACCACCUGAUACCAUCAAUGUACAAUGGAACCACCACAGUACUUUUUCUUUUAAAGGGUCUUUAGGCUUUCUAUUCAACAUCCUUUCUAUUUCCUCUCAAUCUUACUUCUAAUAUUUGUCAUUGUGUGUGUGAUGGUGAGUAUGCAUAUAUGCAUGAGUGGUGCUUAAAAUAUCACAGAGUAUCAGCCUAUCAAACUAAGUCAACUAUGAAUAUUUAAAAGGAAACUGCUCUGUAAUACUGAGUAGGAUCAAACCUGGAUAGAGCUGAAUAUUUUAAAGUUGGUAUUUAUCCUCUGGUUAUAUUUACCUAGUAUGAUAAGAAUCAGAGCAUAAAAUAUGAGACUGGGCAGAGGCACUUAGAACGUACCAAGUUUAAAAGGUAAACAGAGACUGACCAGGCCGUGUGGAUUCUGAUUGGCUCUUGAAAUGCUGGCAUGGCGGAUGAGGUCAGCCCGGGCAUCCAUCUAUGAUCCAAUUCAUCAAUGGUCCAAUUCAUAACAAAUCUAGCUCAACAGAAUCACUUUAGUCGCAUUUACUGCAAGCAUAAUGUAUGAGAUGCGAACAUUGCUGUUUUUUCAAAUGUCUGUGACUCUUAACUGACCAGCAAUGUUGAUAAUCAUUUAAAAAGUCUCAAAGGGAUAGUUCACUCAAAACAUUUUUUUUCUUUUUUACUCACACUCAUGCCAUCCCAGAUGUGUAUGACUUUCUUUGAUCUGCAGAACACAAAUUAAGAUUUUUAGAAGAAUAUCUCAGCUAUGUAGGUCCAUACAAUGCAAGUGAAUAUGUUCAAAACUCAAAAGCACAUAAAGGCUUCAUAAAAGUAAUCCACACAAAUCAGGUGUGAGGGUGAGGAACAGAUUAGUAUUUUAGUCCUUUUUUGCUGUAAAUCUACACUUUCACCAUCACAUUCAGCCACCUACUGGUUGGGGCUGGUCAAAGGUUGAGAUUUAUAGUAAAAAAGGACUUAAAUACCCACACCAAUCAUAUUGCUUCAGAAGACAUGGAUUUAACCACUGGAGUCAUAUUGUUUACUUUUAUGCUGCCUUUAUGUCUUUUUGGACCUUCUGAUUGUGGUCACCAUUCACUUGCAUAGUGAGGACCAACAGAGCUGAGAUGUUCUUCUAAAAAUCGAAAGUAAUGUUCAUCUAAAAGGCAUGCUGGUGAGAUGAGAGAAUUUUCAUUUUUGGCCGAACAAUCCCUUCAAUUGUGUGAAAAAGAGAGAAAAAUUAACUAAGUAUGAAAUGAAUAAAGCCUGUGUGUGUGUGUGCUCAGUAGCUAAAAGUGACUCCCGUCUCUAUUUGUGAGAGAUAUCUGUCUAGCUGACAGAACUUGUGGUGCUAACUGGACCUACACUGGUGAGAUUCGUUCUGUUUUCAUUUGGUGCUAUUAUUGUUUUAGACAUGGAUUUAUGCUUAUGAUGAUGGUUCGUACAGGAACAAUGUAUUUGCAUUCAUGUAACACUAGUCGUCAAGGUGUGUGAUGUCAUAAAUUGUAUUUCUCAUAUGUUCGGUGAAGGCCUAAAGGUGCAGUCAGACUAGGAUUCGAGCACGCUAAAUUACUUCAGAAUCUGCAACAACGGAUAUGAUGUUACACUCGAUGGAUUCUGUUUUUAACUAGAAAUAAAUCAUAAAUAAUAAUAAUAUUUCAUUAAAAAAAUAAAAUAGUAAACUCUCCACUCGUACUGGUAAUCGGCACAUUAUUUUCAUAAAGUUGCACAUUUUCAUAAAGUUUGCCUCAUUGCCAAUGGCCUCUGCUGCUAAAAGUCACCCAGAAUCACCAACUCGCACUGGAAAUGAAUGAUGUCCAGUUUCUUCAUCGCUGCAAAUCGUUUUCAGUGUGCACGCACCUUUAUGCUUUCUGGUUAUAGGUCGAGUAUAAAAGUUGGUGCCGUACAUCGGCUUAAUGUUGGUGCUAGAACCUGAUUCAUGUUUACAGUUACUAGAAUUAAAGACACUGAGGACGUGGUUUUGCUGUUUGCUUUGCAACAUAUUUUCUGAACUAACCAUCUGGAUUCCAUGAACUCACAGCCUUAGCAUGUGUGCUAAUCAGAUUCACCCUCAUUUUCACUUUCACUCUAUAAUUUUCCUGUUUAUCGUCUUGCCAUCAUGAUUACGUUUAAAGCAAUGUCCAAUUCUAAAUGAAGGACACACAUGGAAAGUCUGCAGAACAUGUUUAAAGUCUUUUUCAUUCUGUCUGUAUUCCUGUAUUUGUGAUGCAUCUGUUGAUGAUCCAUUUAAUUGAUCAAUAAACACAUUUGAACAUAUUUCCCCUGAGCAUAUCUGUGUUCAUCUACCUGUGCCAUCUUCAUUUUUAUCAUAUUGAAUCUUUGGAUCACUGCUACUGCCAAACAUCUCUCACUCUUGUUGUAUUUCAGACAUUAAGAACAUUGUAUUCAGCUAUAGCCUUAAGCAUGUGGCAAGUGUUUCUGCAGACUGUAUUUAUCAGAAUCUGAAGCGAAAAUAUGUUAUAAUUCAAAAAAUAUUUGAAACCAUUUCGCAAUUUUUUUGUUACACUUCCCAGUGGCACGUGCUUAAAGGACAUGUACAGGUAUUUUGUUUUGUUUUCUGCCACACUCUAGAAAAAGUUAGGAUACCUGAAUAAAAUGUUCGACAUCCAAAGUUGACUUAACACCUAAAAAUAAUAAAUAAUAAUAAUAAACAUUUCAGUUUCGCAAUUGGUGUAUACUAGCUGUUAAUUACAUUUUAUUGGCCAUUUUUGGCCAAAAAUCAGGACUUGGUGUGAGUAUGUUCCUCAAUAAUUUGUCAGAUCUGUG